AUGGUUAUUGCAGGUUGUUUCUCAAUACUUCCCGCAACAGAGCUAAUUCCAGGAGACAUAGUAGAAGUUAGUGUGGGAAGCAAAAGUCCAGCUGAUAUAAGAAUGAUUGAGAUGCUAAGUGAUCAGUUACGUGUUGAUCAAGCAAUUCUUACAGGUGACAUGAUGAGAGUUGCUUAUGCAAGUAAAAAACUGAAAUUCAUGGGUACAGUUGUGGUUGCUGGUAGGGCAAGAGCUGUUGUUAUUGGAGUUGCUGCAAACACUGCCGUGGGCAACAUUCGUGAUUCAAUGUUGCAAACAGAUGAUGCAUGUAAAUUUUCAUAUUUUCACCAGUGCAUUGUGCCUAGACAAUUGGAAGUGACACCUUUGAAAAAGUUGGAUGAGUUUGGUACCUUUUUGGCUAAGGUUAUUGCAGGUAUUUGUGUAUUGGUGUGGAUUGUAAAUAUUGGACAUUUUUGUGACCCUUCUUAUGGUGGGUUCUUGCGUGGGAUUGCAGUUGCACUUGUAGUCGCUGCAAUUCCUGAAGGGCUUCCUCCUGUUGUAACAACCCCAGUUGCCCCGUCUUCGUCACAUAGCAAUGUGUUCAGCCUAUGCAAUGAGUCUCUCUUACAGUAUAAUCCAGACAAGGGAAACUAUGAAAAAAUUGGCGAGUCAACUGAAGAAGCUCUCCAAGUCUUGGUAGAGAAGGUUUCUGUUUUGAAAUUUUCUAGUGAUCGCAAGAUGAUUAGUGUCCUUUGUAGCCAUAAGCAGAUGGAGAUUAUGUUCUCUAAAGGUGCUCCUGAGAGUGUCAUCUCUAGAUGCACAAAUAUCCUCUGCAAUAGUGAUGGCUCCACCAUGCCAUUGACUGCUACACUUCGGACUGAGCUGGAGUCAAGAUUCUGCAGCUUUGGUUUACACAAUGUUUCUUCGUUGGUCAGUUUUGCAGGGAAAGAAACGUUGAGAUCUCUGGCUUUGGCCUUGAAGAUAAUGCCCAAUGGUCAACAGACUCUCUCCAUUGAUGAUGAGACAGAUCUAGCGUUUAUUUGGUUGGUAGGAAUGCUCGAUCCACCAAGAGAGGAAGUGAGGAAUGCUAUGCUUUCAUGCAUGACUGCUGGUAUAUGUGUUAUUGUUGUUACUGGAGAUAAUAAUGUUGCCAUGACUGGUGAUGGUGUCAAUGAUGCACCUGCACUUAAGAAAGCAGAUAUUGGAAUUGCGAUGGGAUCUGGAACGGCAGUUGCAAAGAGUGCUUCAGAUACGGUUUUAGCUGAUGACAAUUUUGCUACCAUUGUGGUGGUAUGUUAG